AUGGCGCAGCCAGCAUAUCAGUACCUGGAUCUGGCCCAGGCCACGGCAGUCCCCCGUCGCGUGGUGAACAUCUUCGCUGUGGUCGUCGCCUUCACACCACCCAAGGACACGCAAGGCACUGACAUGUGCUGCCAGCUACGCGUGCUGGACCCAUCCAUCGACCCAGAUGAUGGCGGCGGGGACAUGGACGAUUCUGACCCAGGCGUCACCCUGGUGGCCUUCUGCGCAGAUCAGGCACGUCUGCCCGUGCCGCGCCGCCUGGGGGACGUCAUCCGGCUGCACCGUGCAAAGUCGCAGCAAUUCGAGGGGCACCCCCAGCUGAUGGGCAAGGUGGGCAAGGGGCUGGAGUUCUGCCUGUACGACGGCAGGAUCGGGGACACCCUGGCGCCCUAUGCGAUGUCUUCUGCAUCCCACACGCCUGAUGCCGAUGCAGAGUUGGGGCUGAUUCGAGCCCUGAGGCGGUUCGCAGCGAAGAAGGUGCCAGGAGUGGAGAUGGCGCGGGCGAGGUAUGGCAAGAUGAUUCGGGGGCUUCACCCUGGGCUGGGGGGGGCGGGGUAUUUGGAGUGCAAGGUUGUGUUGGUGGAAGGGAGCGAGAGGAACGAGGUGAUCUGGGUGUGGGACGGCACAGAUGCCAAGCCGCUGCCCUUUGUGGACGCUGGGGUGGGUACGGGGGAAGGGGGGGAAGAGGGAAAUGGCAACCUUGAAGGCGAUGGCCAUCAAGGUACGAACGGUGGCUCGAUGAAUGGUUGCAGAGAGGUUGCCGCGGCUGGGCAGGGGAUGGGAGUUGGAAGGAAGCGUGGGCGAGGGAGCAUGGGGGCAGGGGGCAGCGGGCCUGGUUCAGGUGCACAGGUGGAGGAAUCAGCGCGGAAGAGGGUGGCGUUGUCCUGGCAGGUUCAUAAGAACAUGCCAGAGCUGGGCACGUUGCUGCCAGUGCACGUGGCAGUGCGGCCAGAGGUGGGCCUCCCGCUGGUGGGCCAAAUGGUCAAGUUCAAGAAAUUGGAGGUGGUGUCAGCAAGGGGACAGCUUGCAGCAGUCUUCAAUGAGGCCAGUGGGUGGGUGUACUGCCGCACAAACCCCCAGUUGCUCCACCAGUAUGCUGACAGGGAGGAGGGUGAUAAACAGUCCGAGUGGGUGCCUGAGCGGACCAGGCUCGCAGGCACGACCACUCGCGUCGACCUUCCCCUCUCCCCUCUCCGAAAUGUGCUCAGGAGCCUAGCCGAUGGGCAACAGGCAAGCUUCAGGUGUGUGGUCCGCUGCCUGCAAUUCCGGCCAAGGGACCCUCUGGCAAUCUGCCGGAACCUGCGAUCCUACGAGGCGGGUCCCUCAAACAGGGAUGACUCCGCGGCCUUUGAGCCCAGCUGGACAUUUGCCUUUGGCUUGCACUUGGAGGACCCCACAGGGGAGGUUGAUGGGUUGGUGUAUGGGCCCCAUGGGGUGGAAUUCUUUGGGGAGGGGCCGGGGGACUUGGGUGGAAAUCCCAGUCUGAGGGGGCACGUCGUGGGUGUGCUGGAGCGGCUGUGCGGGGGCAACCAGUAUGGUGCUGUGUGGCUGGAGUGCUGUCUUGAGACGCACUGCAUCGAUUCCAAACCUUUUGUUCUAAUCCGGGACACAACGGUGGUGGAUACGGGGCCAUCCUAG